CAAACUAAUUCAGGUACAUAAUGAUCUUGUAUUAAACCUUUGAUGUUGCCAACUAAAUUCAAAUAUGCACUUUCUUGGAGGCAAGAAUAUCAAAAAUCUAAAACUAGUAUGCAAUAUGGCUGCUGGCUACUGCUGCUUACCGGUUCUAACCACCACCUUGUUUCAACAGUAAUGGAGCAAAAUACAAAGCCAUGCUACUUUCUCCUUUGCAAUUUUUCGAACCCACAAAAUACCCAAUUUCUUAUUUCAUCACAAAACGUUUUUACAAAUGGAUUUCUUCAGCCAUCAAGAGUGCCGCCUCUCCACACAUUGCAUUAGACCUCUACUCUCUAAUGCACCGUCAUUCAGUCCCUUUUGAUAGCUUUUCAGUUCUCUAUACUCUCAAAUCAUGUUCUCGUUUGCAAAACCUCAAUGUUAUUCGUCAUUUGCACUCUCAUAUUAUCAAACUGGGUUUCAAUACUCAUGUUUAUGUUGCCACUUCUCUGCUCCAUUCUUAUGUUGUUACGUCCUUUAGCGAUGCGUGUCUUCUGUUCGCUGAAAUGCCUGAGAGAAAUACUAUUACAUGGAAUACGAUGAUUACUGGGUAUUCGAGGUCAGGGAAUAUUGAUAAAGCACGUGCCUUUUUUGAGGAAAUGCCAUUGAGGGAUGUGGGUUCCUGGUCUGCUAUGAUCACGGCUUAUAUUAACCAUGGCCGGUGGGAUAGAGGGUUAUUGCUCUUUCGAGAAAUGAUGACGAAUAGUGAGCUAAAACCGGACCAAGUGACUGUUGGAACUGUUUUAUCCGGGUGCACUCACAUGGGUUUUCUUGGAUUAUUGGUUGGGAAAUCGGCUCAUGGAUUUAUUAUGAAGAAUAGGUGGGAGUUGAAUGUGGAAAUUGGCACGGUUCUUGUUGAUAUGUAUGCCAAAUGUGGAUACUUGAAGAAUGCUAUCCGAGUUUUUGAUUUAAUGAAAGAAAGAAAUGUCAUGACUUGGACUGCAUUGAUAUGUGGGGCAGCACAACAUGGCUAUAGUGAAGAAACAUUAUCAUUAUUUAACAUGAUGCAAGAGGCAAAAAUUAGACCUAAUGAGCUGACUUUUACUGGUAUUCUUAAUGUGUGUGCUCAUUCAGGGUUGGUUGAAGAAGGGAAAAAGUAUUUCAGGAUGAUUGAAGAGUAUGGUUUGGAGCGUAGAAUUCAGCAUUAUGGAUGCAUGGUUGAUCUGUUUGGAAAAGCAGGGUUACUAGACGAGGCAUAUAAUGUUAUUAAGACAAUGAAAGUUGAAAAUAAUGUUGUCAUUUGGGGCUCAUUUUUGUCGGCCUGCAAGGAGCAUAAGAAAUUUGAUAUGGCUGAGAGAGUGAUUGAACAGGUCUUGAAGGUAAUAAAGCCAGAGAAUGAUGGAGGUAUUUAUACCCUUGUAUGUGAUUUGUAUACUUCAAAUGAGAAAUGGGAUGAUGCCGAAAGGGUGAGGAAAUUAAUGCUCAACCAAAAUGUGAGAAAAGCCAGAGGUUCUAGUUUUAUCUGAAGUGGAUUAUUUAAUUGAUAAUUCUUCAGCUCCUAGUAGGUUUAGAUGUUGCUUGUCACUCGUUGCUAAUCACAUAUACAUGGGUAUCAACAGCUUUGGUUCGUUCAAGUCUUCGGAUCCUUUGUAUAACAAAAAUUAAUAAAAUGAAGAUCUAUGUAUCACAGCAAGAAUGAAGGAAGAAGAAACUUAGACUGCUUAUGCCCUGUUUCGGUGGUUAAAGGCUUUAAAUGUUUUUAAUGGUUUUCCUUUCUUUUCUUUUAAUGGUACAAAUAGUUGCUGCUCUGAAAUCAGUUUCAAAGGUUAAUGAAAUCAUAUAAAUAUUUGUACGAGAUUUUCCUUUAGAAUCAAUAUGCAAUUAUGUA